CCCACACCCGAAGCCAGCCUCUAAGAACAAACAGCCGUGCCAGCUGACACAACACGGAACAUCAGUUUGUUUUCGUGGUUUAUGUGUAUUAAAUCGUGGCGUCGGAACCGUAUAAAUGCAUUUAAAAAUAUUACUUCAGCAAAGUUAAAAAAAAACGCCGUCGACCGACGAUGGAGGUGUUCAGCAAGCUGACAUCUCUGUUCCAGCAGGCGCUGGAGACGCGAGAGCCCUCAGUUAAUUUACACGAUUCCUUUGUGGAACACUGGAAAGGAAUUACAAACUAUUACAUAGAAACCUCUGAUGAAACGACCCCAGCUAAGCAGACAGACAUCCCAUGGCGCCUGAAACAGAUGCUGGAUAUUUUGAUUUAUGAGGAGCAACAUCAGGAGGAAACAGGCCCUUGCAUGGAGUAUCUGUUGCAGCACAAGCUCCUGGAGACUCUCGGUACAUUAGGCAAAGCACAGUAUCCUCCAGGAAUGAACCAGCAGGUCCUCACAUUCUUCACAAAGCUCUUGGGACAGAUUCAGCAGCCAAUGCUUCAUAUCAUCAAUGUGUACAGACCGACACAGAAGCUAAUUCGACAGUGUGGCAUUCUUCCAGGAUCACAGUCGGAGAGAGAGGAAGUCCAGUUUCUAUAUGUGAUUUGCAAUAAACUGAAACAGGAUCCGUACCUCCUUAAUUACAUUCUUGAGGCCAAGAGUGAAGUCAGCAAGCAAAGGCACAAUUCUACCUCAGGGGACGAAGAGGGUCGGCACAGUGCAGCUAAACCCAGUACAGCUGCUGCUUCUUCACUGAGUCAGUUGAGUGAUUGUACAGCACUGGGUAGCAGGACUGCUGGACAUGCAGGCCCCUCCUCUGGUACACAAGAGAGACCAGCCUCUUCCUCCCUAGCACACAAAGCAGACACCAACCUGGUCCAAGCCUUAAUCAACUUAAGCAAAAGUCAGAAAAGCAAAAUUGCACUAAGAUCCUGUGAAGCCCUGCUGCUAUUGGUCGGUGUACCAAACCAAGAGACAGCCAGUUACCUGACUGAGAGCACUGCACUUUGCCAGCUGGUCACAGACAGGCUCUGUGAGCUCUACAGCCAGGUCCCUGCCUCUAUAGACCCUGCGGACGUGGAGACAGUUGAGAGGGUUUCCUGGAGAAGCCAGUUUUCAAAACGUUGCACAGAAGACCCUGCUGUGUAUCCAGGGAGAGAGCACCUUGAGGCGUUUUUACUGUGGGUAGAUUACUGUGAUCACCUUCUCAAAGAAGCUCAUAGGUUACUUGCUUCAAGUUUGGCAAAAGCAAUACAUGAAAGAUGGCUUAUUGCAGUAAUACAGCCACAACUGCUGCAAAUGUCAGAAAUUGGGGUGCUGAUCACCACGAUGCUGUUAACCUUGGUAGUGCGUCAGAUCUCGGCUCCCGUGAUGUUAGAAGAGGUGGUUUUCUUUUUAUUAGGAGAUCAGAGAGCGCCUGAGCUUCCCAUGGACAGUGAAAGCCAUGUAUUACGAUAUCAUCUCAUAGAACACUGUGACCACAUAUCUGAGGAGAUCAGUGUUGCAACACUGAGGUUAUUUGAGCAAUUGCUGCAGAAGCCCCAUGAGCACAUCAUCUUCAACCUGGUUCUGAGAAACCUGGAGCUGAGGAGCUAUAUUGCAGCUAGCAGCGCAUGUGGACUGGAAGACAGGCAUGCUGUAGCUCAUGAACAGCUGGAUGAUACAGAGGAGUUGGAAGAGGACCCCUUUUUCACAGACAUGUACCCCGAGAGUGGCUUCCAGGGCUCCGAACAACUGCUGUCUUUAUCCCCCAGAGAAACAGCAGUGCGGCCCACUGGAAACACAGGGGUCAGUGACAUUGUAAAUAGCUUUCUCUGUCUUGUUCCACAAGAAGCAAAAACUUCUCAAAAUGUACUUGAGUCAGGAUAUGAUACCUACGUGCAUGAUGCUCACACACUGUUUCAAGAUUGCACUUCCUACUCACGAGAAUGGGGCUGGCCACAAGAGCUGAGACCACUAGAGUCAUCCACGCCUGCCUCCGACUUCUACGAAGGACACUUCUUGAAAGUUCUGUUUGACAGACUUACAAGGAUACUUGAUCAGCCUUAUGAAUUGAAUCUCCAGAUUACAUCAGUUGUAUCAAAGCUUGCUGUAUUUUCACAUCCUCACUUGCAUGAGUAUCUCUUGGACCCCUAUAUUAACUUGGCACCGGGAAGCAGAUCCCUGUUUUCAGUACUUGUGAGGGUAAUCGGAGACCUAAUGCAGAGAAUUCAGCACAUACCCAACUUCACUGGAAAGUUGCUGCUUGUCAGAGAACAGCUAAUAGGACUGGAGCCUGAAGCAAUGACGGAUCACCUGACACUGUUAAAGGGGGUUACAGUCCUGGAGGAGUUCUGCAAGGAAUUGGCAGCAAUAGCUUUUGUCAAAUACCCUGUGGAAGAACAGUAAGGCACAGCAUAGUGUGUAUACGCUAUACAGGAAUUUCAUAUACUUCUACAAGAAAACUAGUAUUGCAGGUUUGCAUUGACUAUGCAAGACUGUGCACAAAUUACAGGAGAGUUGUUUUAGUGGCCCAAGUGAUCUCGUCAUUCUCCAUGUCUGUUGAAAACAGUUGUAAAUAAGCCAUGCUGAUCUAUGACACUGCUGUUUUUUUUUUAUGUUUUAAGUAUUUUAUGAUAUUUAUGUAAUCACAGUAUUCUCUGUCUCGCUCUGUGUGUGUGUGAAUGUGAUUUAUUUUCUGUUGUCUGCGGUUGUAGAAUAUGUCCAUUAGUAUUUUAGUAUUUUAAGAUUUGUGCUAUUAUUUGUGAAAAAAAUGAUGCCUUGUAUUCCAUGUGAACCUGUUUUAUGUUUGUCUUACCACUUUGACAUUUUAUCUUCUUUUAUUGGA